AUGUCAAAGCUCAAACACAGUGUUCAAACUGUCAAAGAUAUGGACACUUUGCAAUCUCAUGUUUUAGAGACUCAAAAUGUGCAUUCUGUGCCAGAGAUCACAAAACUAGUGAGCAUAAAUGUGAAACAUGCUCAAAAAGAGGUGAAAUUUGUCAACAUACUCUGCUUAAGUGCUCUAAUUGCAAAGAAAAACAUGCAUCUAGCUCAAAAGAAUAACUGGAGAAAAGAUGAAGCUCAAAGUCAAUCUAGAACUGAAGAGAAGAGUCAAGCCAGUAAACUCACAACUGCAAGCUCAAAAAGAAGAAACUCUCAAUUAUCUAAGUCUUCAAACUUCAAUUCUCCAGCAAAAUGUAAACAGAAUUUGAAUCCUCAAACUCCUGUUAAGAUUAGAGAAUUGAGAAAUGACUCUGAUGAUAAACUAGAUAUAAUGCAAGCAGUUGAGAUUUCUACUUUUCAGAACAGUUAUAAUCUACUAUCUGAUGAUAGUGAUUAG